CUUCCUUUAGUUUCGAACAGCAGUCCAAAUGAAGUUUCUAUAUCUGUUAUUAUUGGCCACGUCAGCGACUGGCGAAUUUACUGAUGAUUUAUACCAACUUUUGGCCAAAAAUAAUACAAACAAGAAUCUUAUUUCCUCGCCCCUUUCCGUCGAUAUUGCCUUGGGCAUGACCUACAUGGGAGCUGGGGGAAAAACGGCCCAGGAAAUGAGGGAUGUCCUGAAGUUACCCGCAGAUAAAAAGGAGGUGGCCCGUAAAUACAAGCAACUUCUGGCAAAUCUCGAGGGUCGCGAGAAGGUAGCCAUCCUCAACCUGGCCAACCGCAUUUACGUCAAUGAUCGCUUCACUAUAAAUCCGAAGUUUAAUCAAGUGGUCAGAGACUCCUUUAAGGCCGAAGCAGAGGCUAUCAGCGUAAGCGAUCCUAAAAGAGCCGCUGAUAUCAUUAAUAAGUGGGUGGAUGAUCAGACGCGCAGCAGGAUCAAAACCAUCAUUAAGAAUGAGGACAUAACCCCGAAGCUUAUAAUGGUUCUCCUGAAUGCAAUUUACUUUAAAGGCCAGUGGCAGUACAAAUUUGAGCCUGAAAACACCAAAGUAGCCGAUUUUCGAACUGCUGACAGUAAAACCGUUCCUGUCCAGAUGAUGCAGCUGCGUGCCACAUUUAAGGCGAGAUAUAUUAGCAAGCUGGAUGCUAAAGUGAUCGAACUUCCCUACCGGAGCUCAAACCUCUCCAUGGUUAUCUAUUUGCCGGAAAAAGUCGAUGGGUUGCCAGAACUGGAGAGGAAGAUCGCAGGCUUCUCUCCAGAGCUGAGAGAGCAGGAAGUGAUUUUGAAGCUGCCAAAGUUCAAAAUCGAAUUUAGUUCACAACUGGUGGCUAUUCUCCAGUCGAUGGGCAUGCGAGAUGCAUUUUCAUUUAAUGCGGAUUUUAAAGGUAUAGUAUCGACAGAGGCCAAAAUCAGCAAAGUCAUACACAAGGCCUUCAUUGAGGUUAACGAAGAAGGUGCCGAGGCAGCAGCUGCAACAGCUGUAAUAAUGACCUUCAUCUGCGCGGAUUGCACGCCCCCGCCUCCCUUGGAGUUCAACGCCGAUCACCCCUUUGCCUACGUCAUUCGCGAUGAGAACAAUGUCUACUUUCAGGGACACUUCGUAAGUCCAGAAAACUAAAGUCACAUUUUCACUGGCACAUUUGCGAAUGAAUUGUCAAUAAAUAUGGGGAUAAAGCACAGUUCGGCAUCCCAUAUUUCUAAUCACA